AUUUUUGGUAAAGUUAUCACAUUGCUGUAAAAGCUGGAACUUUUUUAAUUUCUCUUUCAAAUUCAAUCCACUCCACACUCCCCAGUAGUGAAAUCCAAUGGGAAAUCAAUUCCUAACGUUGCCUCUUCUCCUCGUAAUCGUCUGCGUUUCCGUUUCCUUCAUCAUCACCACAAAGCUAAACCCUAAAGAAGCAAUCGUAUCUCCCUCCGAAUCGAGUUUCGCUUCUGCGAUUCCCACUGAAAUCCACGGAGUCAAGAUCUUGCGACAAGCUUCCGAUGCUAAACUUGCUCAACUAGGCGUCGCUUCUUGGCCCAAGUGGGAAGGUAGUCCAAGCAAGUUUCCAUGGACGUUUAAGAAGACAGAGACCAUGUAUUUCGUGGAAGGUAAGAUCAAAGUGAAUGUAGACGGAUACGAAGAAGAAGAAGAAGCCUUUGAGAUAGGAAAAGGAGAUGUGGUUGUUUUCCCUAAAGACAUGAGAGUUGUUUGGGAGAUAACUGAAGCCGUGAAGAAACAUUAUAGCUUAGAGGAGUAGUUAAACUCUCAUUUCUAAAUGUAUGGUUGCUACUUUGAAAGUAGCUUACCUAUGGUGUUGGAAUGUGGAUGGAGAUUAUGUUUAUAUCUUUCUACAUCAAAUCUAAGGUCCGUUUCUCAAGCUAAGAGGCUCUAUUUUAGUGUUUUAAUGAUGGCUUGUUUGGGUUUAAAACCCUUCAAA